GAGGUCUCUCCACACAAUUAUUAUAAAUGAGAAACCAAGUAACAUGAGAUCCUAUAGCCAUUAAACUCUCAAAUGAACUUUGUAACUUGUAGCCUACUCAAAUGGAUGCGAAUCUCACAAAGCUUGGCGGUUCUCUUCCAGUCCCAAGUGUUCAAGAGCUGGCAAAAGAGGCCAUAACAGAAGUCCCGCCUCGCUAUGUCCGUCCUGACCAAGAUCACCCGUUCAUGCAUGCUGAGCUUGGAACAUCGUUGCUUCAAGUGCCGGUAAUUGACCUGAGCAAGCUCUCAUCAAGUAAUGAAGAUUUGAUGGAGUCUGAGCUUGAAAAUUUGCACGUUGCAUGCAGAGAUUGGGGAUUUUUCCAGUUGAUAAAUCAUGGAGUGCGUUGUUCACUGGUGGAGGAGGUGAAGUUGGGAAUCCAGGAGUUCUUCGAGCUUCCAAUGGAGGAGAAGAGGAAACUCUGGAAAGAAGAAGGAGACGUAGAGGGUUUUGGGCAGACGUUUGUUGUGUCGGAGGAGCAGAAGCUGGAUUAGGGCGACCGCUUUUUCAUGGUGUCCCUCCCAAGACAUUUGAGAAAUCCUCGCUUUUUUCCUAUGCUUCCUUCUCCGUUCAGAGAUGACUUGGAUGAAUACUCUUCAAAACUACGAGAUCUUGCAAUGAAGAUGCUCCUCCUCAUGGCAAAGCCUCUGAAGAUGGACCCCGAGGACAUGAUAGAACUGUUUGAUGGAGGCAUGCAAACCCUUAGGAUGAAUUAUUACCCUCCAUGUCCGCGACCCGAGCUCGUCAUUGGCCUCACUCCUCACUCCGACGGCUCAGCCCUCACUUUUCUUCUCCAGGUCAACGAAAUGGAAGGCCUGCAAAUAAGGAAAGAGGGCAAGUGGGUCGCCAUCAAGCCCCUUCCUAAUGCUUUCGUUGUCAACGUCGGAGAUCUUUUAGAGAUUGUUACAAAUGGUACUUAUCAUAGCAUUGAGCACCGAGCAACAGUUAACUCGUUGAAGGAGAGGCUCUCAUUUGCCACAUUUUACGCUCCUAAAAUGGAAGGGGAAAUGGGUCCUGCACCAAGCCUGAUCACACCGAAUAAGCCAGCAUUAUUCAGAAGAAUUGGUGUUGCUGAUUACUUCAAGGGACGCUUGUCUCGUGAGCUACGAGGGAAGUCGUAUCUUGACGUUAUGAGGAUUCAAGUCGAGAAAAAAGGGGAUUGACUUUGGCCAUCGAGAAAGCAA